CUCCCUGGGAGGGGAGGGGGCCUUCGACGCCGAGCAGGAACCGCCGCCCCGAGCUUGAAGUCGCUAGGACUUCUCUCAAACUCGUGUGCUGAGGAGACUCCGAUGUUGACCUCAGCUCCUAGGCUGAACUCAGCAGAUCAGCCCAUGAAAACUUGUGUUUUGAGACAAAGGAAAGGCUCUGUCAGAAAACAGCAUCUACUGUCCUGGGCUUGGCGCCAAGGAAGAGGACAAGUAGUGGAAGUCUUGCAAUCUGAAAAGCAGACUGAAAGGUGACAAAGAAGUUGAAGAUGGGUGGUGGAGAAAGGCAUAACAUUCCAGCUCCUCAAUCUAGAAAUGUUACUAAGAACCAACAACAGCUUAAUAGACAGAAGACUAAGGAUCAGAAUUCCCAGAUGAAGAUUGUUCAUAAAAAAAAAGAAAGAGGACAUACUUGUAACUCAGCAGCUACAUGGCAGGUUAUGCAAAGUGGGGGCAAGAACCAAAACUUAAAUAAUCAAAAUUGGAACUCCAGCUUAUCAAGUCCCACCUUACUUUUUAAGUCUCAAACUAAUCAGAACUAUGCUGGAGCCAAAUUUAGUGAGCCACCAUCACCAAGUGUUCUACCUAAACCACCAAGCCACUGGGUUCCUGUUUCUUUUAAUCCUUCUGACAAGGAAACAAUGACAUUUCAACUUAAAACCUUACUUAAAGUACAGGUAUAAAAAGUACUGCUUAAAUUGAGUUAUAUUUAAGGGUACUUGGCCAGUUAUUUUGAAACAAAUUCACCAGGGAAUUGAUCUGUGUAACAAUGUUGACUAAAGUAGAGAAGAUAAAAUUAGACUGAUCUCAGUUAGUGUUGUGUGCACUGUGAUGUAAUGGUAGUAUCAGUGCAAUUUCAACAACUAAUAAUUGUACAUGUACUAAAAAUUCAGUUAACUCCUAAACUUUCAGUUAAAUUUAAAGGAACGAACUUUUUUUUUUUUUUUUAAUUUACUUGGGGAAAUUGGGUCAGACUUGCUGGAAGUUUGAUUUGACUACAGAUGUCUAGCUAAGAUAAAACAAGGAUUGAAAAUUAAAGUGUUUGAAAAUGUAAUAUCCCAGAAACAACCAAACCAGUAAUAUGCCAACAAUCUGAUGCACUGCCAAAAUAAAAUGUGAAUUGCU